AUCAUAUUGUCAAAUCCACAGCAAUAUCUUUGCUUUUCGUAAACAAUCCCUUAAAACAUAUUAGUAAAAUUAUUUAACUUCGCGGUGUAAAUUUCGAACUAGGAAUGGGUGAGCGUAAAGGACAAAAUAAGUAUUACCCCCCGGAUUAUGAUCCGAAGAAGGGGGGCCUCAACAAAUUUCGCGGCACACAUGCACUACGCGAGCGUGCCAGGAAAAUUCAUGUGGGUAUAAUUAUAAUCCGUUUUGAAAUGCCCUACAACAUUUGGUGCGAUGGCUGCAAGAAUCACAUUGGCAUGGGUGUGCGUUACAAUGCGGAAAAGACCAAAGUGGGCAUGUACUAUUCCACACCAAUAUAUAAAUUUCGUAUGAAAUGUCACCUGUGCGACAAUCACUUUGAAAUACAAACGGAUCCGGGAAACUUGGACUAUGUGAUAUUAUCGGGAGCACGUCGACAAGAAAACCGCUGGGAUCCGCAUCAGAACGAACAGGUUGUACCCGAAACCAAGGAAGUGCAGAAACGACUCUUUGAUGAUGCCAUGUACAAGUUGGAACAUCAGGCGAAGGAUGUCAAAGCCGGCGAAGACGCGAAACCGGUGCUUGAGCGGUUAGUUGAUCGUAAUCGGAGCGUUUGGGAUGACAGUUAUGAAGCAAAUUGUCGCUUGAGAGCGGAAUUUCGGGUAAAGAAAAAAGAACUAAAAGCGCAAAAAGAACUAGACGAUCAAUUACUUGCAAGGAAUAGUCUUGAUAUAGCUCUUCUUCCCGAAACCGUACAAGAUAAGCAAAUGGCUGGGUUGAUGAUGCUCCAAAGCCAAUCUGCACAAGAGCGCGAAGCUGAAAGACGUUUAGAUAUUCUAAUGAAACCGGCACUACCAGGUGCUACGAAAACCACUUUCGGUGGAUUGAAGCGUCAAAAAAUACUCAGUACACAUUUACAAUUUGCUGAUUUGGGUAUUAAAAAGAAAACAAACAGUGCGUGUGAAGUUGUGGACCCAGCAAAUAGCGGGCGAACAGAAGAAAAGUGUGAUGAAACGGAAAGUUGUGAUAUAAGGGACAAGAAGUCUGUUGGGAGUGCGGAGACGUCAAUGACGCAUAAAGCAAAGCUUAAAACAGAGGAAGCCACGCUGAUAGAUUUGCCAAAAAGUUUAGCUUUGGUUUGUGACUAUGAUAGUUGUAGUGAUACCGACAAUAGUAAUUAAAUUAAAUGAUGCAUAUGAGAUAGUUUUAAUAAAUUCAUAACAUUUAAUUGAAAAAAUACAAAAAAAAAAAUAUUUAG